AGGAGCAUCGCAGCAAUGAGCAUGGAAAAUGGUGGUGUGAUGAUGGUGGGUACAAGAAAGGGAGAGAUAGAUACAAAGCCUCCCUUUCGCUCUGUCAAAGAAGCUGUCUCUUUAUUCGCUGACAAACUUCUCUAUGCAUCUCAAUUCAAACAGAGUGAAGCAAUAAUGGAAAAUAGGGUUAUUAUUGAUGAGCCUUUGAGCCUGAGGCAUGAAGCCAUUGAAGCUGAGCUUGAAGAGACAAAGCAAAACCUUCAAAAAGCUAAAGAAGAAACCAUGUCAAUGGCGCAUUGUCUUUCUUCAUUGCAAGAAGAGCUUGAACUCACAAGGCAAGAGCUUCAACAAUUGAAGCAAGAAUCCAUGGGCAAGCAUCAUCCCAUAAUGCAAGAAGAAGAAGAAGAAGCGGUUAUUAUUGAAGAUGUCAAGGAUAUGGAGAAUAAUAAAAAUAAAAAUAAUGUAACAAAGUUUGAUGAUGAUGAAUUGCAAAAGAAAAGGUAUGUGACUUUUGCAAAUACACCCUCAUUAACUCAUAUUAUUUCACCGUCACCACAACCGCUUACACUUGAAGUUGAAAAAUUGAAGAGGCACCAUUCAUUUGGGAGUGAGAAGAAGAAGAAGAAUAAGAUCAAGCCACUUAUUCCACUCAUUGGUUUUGGAGGUAUCUUUUCAAAGAAAAAGGGAAACAAUUAUUAAGAGAAAAAUAAUGCUUUCCAUAGACACCUUAGCUUGAAUUUUAUAGCUUUCAUUUGUGUAUUGCAAAUUGUGUCACCUACCAAUUAAAAUUCAGAUAAUAAUGUAAUAUCACUCAUGUCAAAAUUAUAGGAAAAAAGUAAAAAAAAAAAAAAAUUGACGGUCUACAUUAAGUAGUUUUUUUUUCAUUCUCUCAUGUCCUUUGUAUUGUAUUUUAUACAGUAGAGGCAAAAUUAAACUAAUAAUAUUGAGUGAGAGUGAAAUUGAA